CCACCCAGGCUGGCUCUGUCUUCUGCCACCUCGCUGCCAGCUGUGACCCACCCCAGCCGUGCCCUCGCCAUGGAGAAGAUCCUCGCCCUCCUGCUCGUCAUCCUGGCGGUGACCUACGCAGUUCCGGACCCCCGGGGAAUCAUCAUCGCCUUGGACGACGGCGAGCUCUGUUUGAACAGCCUCCAGUGCAAGAGCAAGUGCUGUCACCGCGACACUGGUUUGAGCCUGGCCCGCUGCGCACCCAAGGCCAGCGAGAACAGCGAGUGCUCUGCCAAGACGCUCUAUGGAGUCUACUACAAGUGUCCUUGCGAGCGGGGCCUGACCUGCGAGGGGGACAAGACCAUCGUGGGCUCCAUCACCAACACCAACUUCGGCACCUGCCUCGAUGCCGGGCGCUCCAGCUCCAAGCAGUGAGACCGCCCUUCCAGCCCGCGCUCAGCCCAGCUCGCUGCGGGACCCAGGCCCAGGCCUUGGCUCGUCCUCCACGCCUCUCCUCGUCUGGCCGCCUCCUUGACCAGCGCCCCUGUUUUCCGAUUGGGCUCUUGGCAAUUAAAGCCCUCCUGCAACCUUC